AUGCGCCCCCCGCCCGCCGGCCGCGCUUUAACGGCAGUGCGCCGCUGGCCCCAGCGCCGCCGCGCUUUACGCAGUUGUCGCGACUCCUCUUCCCUCAGCGCUACCCCGCACUACGGCCAGCGCCGCCGCCGGCUUUACGGGCGGUUCGUCGGACUCCUCUCCCACAGCCUACCCGACCGCUUACCCAACCUGCCGCCACGCUUUACGGCAGAAGUCGCCCAAUCCUUCGCCCACCAGCGCUUCCGCGCUUUACGGCAGCGCGCGAUCCCCUCACACAGCGCUACCGCGCCAUUACGGCAGCACGCCGCCACGCUUUUACGGCCAGCUCGCGACACCUGUCAAACGGCUACCGGCUCCUUUCAGACGGCCGGCCGCGCUUUAUUCAGCGUCGCGCUGUCCCGCGAGAGAAGCACUGACCGCUGCUCCCGGCAGGUUGAUGGCGCUCUCCGCCGCUGCGCCUCGGUCUUACGGCACCAGUGGACGCGGGCGGGGGGCGCUUUUACGGUGUCGGUGCCUCCUUGCGCGGCUCGCUCCAGGGCUGCUCUCGUCUCUCUCCCCGAGGCGCUCGGGUGGUUUCGGAGCCUUCGCCGGGCCGGACCGGGCCGGGGAGCCCGGACCUCAGUGGCUGGUUCUCUCCCUCCAUCCAGGAUGACGGUGAAACUGGACUUCGAGGAGUGUCUGAAGGACUCUCCCCGGUUCAGCCAGCACCCCACUCCUGCUCAUAACACAUUUCCUGCGUGUGUCUUCCAGACGCCAGAGCUUCUGGACAGCACCCAGCAGUCAUCCCGGCAACACAUCCAUACCCUGGUGAAAGAGGACGUGAAGCGGUUCAAGGAGGCGCGGAAGGAAUUUGAGCGAGGCAGCGAGGGGCUGGCCAGUGCCUUGCACCACAACGCCGAGGUGCCACGCCGGAAGCAGCAAGAGGCGGAGGAGGCUGCCCUGGCCCUGCAGGCCGCCCGCACCAGCGCCCGCGCCCGUGCCCUCGACUACGUCCUCCAGAUCAACGUGAUCCAGUCCAAGAAGAAAUUUGAGAUCCUCCAAUUUGUGAGUCGGGUGAUGGUAAUGCCCUCCAAUAUCCUCCUGAACCCCGAUCUAACCUGCUCCACCCGCCUGGGCAUCACGCUGUGCAUCGAGUGCUCCGGCAUCCACCGGAGCCUGGGGGUCCAUUUCUCCAAGGUUCGCUCCCUGACGCUUGACUCCUGGGAGCCGGAGCUCGUCAAGCUGAUGUGCGAACUGGGGAAUGAAACCCUGAACCGCAUUUACGAGGCGCGUGUGGACGAGAUGACCGUCAAGAGACCCCAACCCGGCUGCUCCCGGGCAGAGAAGGAGAGCUGGAUCCGGGCCAAAUACGUUGAGAAGAAAUUCAUCACCAAGUUGCCGGAGGCACGGCUGACCCGGGGGGGGCGCCGUGGCCCCUCUGACCGGGACCGGCCCCCCCGGCCUCCCCUCAAGCCCAAACCAGGCAGCAUUAGCCGGGCUGCAGAGUUGGGGGAGGCCGGCUCCCCCCCCGAAGACCUGCGCAGCCUCCACCCGGGGGCGCUGCUCUACUGGGCCGCCGGCCACCAGAACCUGCCCACCAUGGCAGACGCCCUGGCGCACGGCGCCGACGUCAACUGGGUCAACACCGCCGAGGAGAGCCGGACUCCCCUGCUGCGGGCCGUGGCCGCAAACUCCCUGUUGGCCUGCGAGUUCCUGCUGCAGAAUGGAGCCAACGUCAACCAGGCGGACAGCGCCGGGCGGGGGCCCCUGCACCACGCCACCAUCCUGGGCCACACCGGGCUGGCCUGCCUGUAUCCUCCAAGCGGGGGCCAAAUUUGAACGCGGUCGACAUGGAGGGGAAGGCCGCUCGUCCAUUGCAUAGACGACGGCAACGCUGAUAUCGUCACCCUACUGCGUCUGGCCAAGAUGCGGGAGGCGGAGGUACGCGCAGGGGACAGUCAGGCGACGAGACCCUACCUCGACAUCUUCCGGGAUUCUCCUGUGGCGUGCGACAACCCCGAGAAGAAUUGACCGCGAGGACUGAAACUCACCACCCUCUAGCCCCCUCGAGGCGGGGGGCUCACCGAGCCACCAUCCCCUUAUGUAGUGUGUGCGGGUGGCGGGGCGGGAAUCCCCUCCCCCUUCUGGCUCCUACCCCUUCCCCGGCGGGAGGGGCAGCGAAGCAGCAGGGACCACCCCCCCCAUCCUGGGUGCUUGUAAUGACCAUAAUCCCCCACCACCACCCUCAGAUUCUUCUGCUGCUUUGAUGUGCUCAUUGUGUAGGGCCGAUCUCCCUCUUCUGCCCCCCAUACAGGCCCCCCAACUCACACCCCCAUUGUAGAGCAGGGCUUCUCCUCCGCCCACGCUCUG